GAAAAAGCAAAAUAAUUAAAACUAAAGAUAAUAUUAGAUUUUCUAUGACAAUAUUAGAUGAAAUUCUUGAUUUUAAUUGUUUGCUAACUGGUUAUCAUACAGCUUAUUUACUAUCAACAGAUGCUUGUGAUCAUUGUACAAUUCCAAUUAGAUAUUCAACAGGCCAAAUAUAUAUUU